AGGAAAAUAAAACAAUAUGGACUGAGUAUGGCAUGUACCUAGAAAGCAAAGGCUAUCAUGAUGAGGCUGGUUUAGUGUUCAGUAGAGUUGAAGCUGAUGAAUUUGCUUUUAAAGCCUAUAGAGAAAGUGCGAACUGGAAAGAAGCCUUAAAUCUUGCUUAUAAACUUAAAUACAAUGAUCAGAAAGUUCUGGGAACUUGUCAGUACAUAGUAGAGAGGUUGAAAGACAAAAGGAAAUAUUUAGAAGCGGGCUACUUGCUUGAACAUUUUGUUAAGGAUAUUGAAGAAGCUGUGGUUACCUUGAUUGAAGGUUAUGAAUGGAGUAGUGCCUUGCUAUUGAUGUCAAAGUAUAACAGAUAUGAUAUUGCUGAAACUCAUCUACACCCAUCUCUUAUCAUGCUUCAUAAAACCCUAAUACCAGAAUUAGAUUUGUUAAUAAAGGAUUUCAACACACAUCUUUCCCGACUGAAAUAUUUGCGAAGUCCAGAAAAAAAGAAGCUAGAUGAAGAGGUUGCUCUUUCUUCAAAGUAUAAUGAUGAUGAUCUGUUUUCUGAGGUUACUAGUGUUUCAGAUAUUGCAUCUUCUCAAUCAGAAUCUGCUCGUUUGUCUGGCUCUAUAAUGACUCGUAAAAGUUCCAAAAGCAGAAGAAAACAACAGCUAAAGAAAUAUCGCUUGAAAGAAGGUAGUCCUGAUGAAGAUUUAGCUCUGAUUGUUGCUCUUUCUGAAAUAGUACGAAAAGUAGAUGGUCUCAAAGAUAAUUUUUUGAAUAAUGUGCGAGUGUUGUUGCAACAUGGUUUGGAUUCUCCUGCAAAAGAAAUACAAUCUAAGAUGCAAUUAUUAGUUUCUUCAAUAGAUGCUGAAAUGUCAUAUAUUUGGCCUAUUAAUCAAACAAUCGAAACUGCUCCUACGCAAUGGAGCUAUGGACCAGAUUCUACUGUCAACUCUAUUACUGCUUCUAGAAAUGUGGAGGAGAAAAAUAUUACUACAACACAAAUUGAUCCUCAAUUAGCUGCACCCCCUUGGAGAAAGUUAGAUAUAUUUUUAAAUAUGCUUCAUAUUGAUGUAAAAUGUAAAUAAACGUUUUAUUUUCUA